AUGGCAGUCCCACAGAUCACUCUCUACGUGGAUAUCGUCAGCCCCUUUGCAUACAUCGCAUUCCACGUGCUCAAGAACUCGCCCACCUUUGCGAAAUGCAACAUCAACUAUGUUCCCAUUUUCCUUGGGGGAUUGAUGCAUGAGUGUAAUAAUACGCCGCCGAUUAAUAUCAAGAACAAGGAUAAGUGGAUGGGUCUUGAGCGGAUGCGCUGGGCGAAGUACUUCAAUGUUCCGAUGACAGAGAAGCUCCCCGAGGGAUUCCCUCCGAAGACUCUCGCGAUCCAGCGAGCACUUUGUACGAUUUCUCAGAAAUGGCCUGAAAAGCUGCCCGCCGUGAUCGAGGCGCUUUAUCGCUCUUUCUGGGUUGAUGAGAAUCCUCGUAUCGGUGACCUUGAGGGAUUUGCACCUGUGCUUGAACGUGUUCUUGGGAAACAGGCUGCUCAGGAGACAUUAUCGGCUAUGAGCCAGCCGGAAAUUAAAGCUCUGUUGUCUGCCAAUACAAAUCGAUCUUUCAAAGAGGGCGCAUUUGGUCUUCCGUGGUUCCAGUGCACUGAUGCCAGUGGCAAGACUGAGGGCUUCUGGGGUGUUGAUCAUCUCGGAGUAGUGGCUGACUUUUUGGGAUUGGAUCGCAGUCGGGAUUCGGGUUUCAGGGCUGUUCUCUGA